AUGGCAGAUGUACUAGUAAGAGAUUGGAUGGAAGAAUUCGAUUCGCUGACUGAAAGUGAAAUUCACACUUAUUCGGCAGAACAAGAGCAUAAUCAUGAAGUUAUGGUAGCCUUGUAUGAUGUCCUGUCCGAACCCCAAAAGUACAAGAGUGACAAUGUAAUUGAUGGCAUAUGUAGUCAAUUGCUGGACUUUUACAGAUCUGGUGAACACCAAUUGAAAAAGUUUACUAUGCAAUACAUACCGACCCUUAUACUACUUCAUUUAACUGAAAAAUCUUACUCAUCUGUACAAACUUUACUAGUUAGUUUAUAUAAUUUGGAGGUGAUAGAUUCCAAAGGUCAGCCUCGAAGUAUAAGUUUUAGAAUACCCAGCAUAGCACAAUCGUCGAUUUUCCACGACUGCAACCAUUUAGAACCAGCAUUUAUAGCAGAAAGUUCACUGAGAAGAUGGGAGGAGUGCAACAGUAAAUUGGUUAGUUGGGGCCCUUUGCCUCAAGUGGAGUGUCUCAAUGCACAAAAUCGACAAAGAGUCAUCACCGCUCUUGUGUUCUUGUAUAACCAACAAUUGGCAAACAUUAUUACCCAGGGUAUUGAGCAUACUUGCAAAAAUAUAUCUAGAUUAGUUAACCAAGGAUUUAGAUACUCGGAUAGUCCAAGAAGUUCAAUAGCUAGUGACAGUAGCAUACAACAAAGUAUUCAACCUCGAAUUCCAGUGUCAAGUAGUCUACUCAUAGAGUUAUUGCACACAGUGUAUCAUUCAGCGGAGAGAGGCGCUCCAGGGGCUGUACAGGCUCUACAUGAUCUCACACAAAGAGCUAAAUACGAAUCAUAUGCAGAUGUUUUAUUGGCCGCUAAUGCAAUACAAAACCUUCUUCUACAUUCCACCACAGUACCGGUGACAGCAAAACCACAAACCCAUACAGUUAGCAAAUCUAUGAUAACGAAUGCAUCGUUUAGAACGAAAAAGUUGCCGGAUGACAUACCGAUCCAGGAUGACCAGCAGCCGGACGUGCCGCUGGACUCUAUCACCGAAGAGCAGGAGGAAAACACUGGCGGCGGAGGCGGCGAGAAGAAGGCGCAGCGGGGCAGCGUGAGCGCGCUCAAGCACCUCUCCAAGUUUCCUGCGCUUACCAAGAAGCACAAGCAGGCGAAGAACAGCCCGGCGCAGCAGGGCGACGGUCAGGCGAUGGACCUGCUGCAGCAGUCGGAGCAGGCGGGCGAUGCGCAGAACGCCGCCGAGCAAAAUCACACGGUGCACGUCAGUGCGGUCUGA